UAACCUGGAUGAAGUACGCCUAGUUUGUCUUUACUGAGCAGAAGAAGAAGAAAGGAAGCCGUUUUUCUUUCAGGCAGUAGUUGCAGAUGUAGCGAAUUGUUUUGUGGCGAAUAAUUUUGUUUUGAUUGCCAACUUCUUUCUCUUUUAUUUUUUUACAAUCUUGUCAAAUGUUCAGACGAUUAUUGGCGUUCCGGCGUUGCGCCUCAAUCGCGAUUAGUAAAGUAGCUCUGAGCUAGCUGGGAAGCUACUAGCCUAGUGUUGAAUGGGUCAACACUGUGAGGUUAGGCAAGGAGAUACCAAAUAUACCAACAUUUCCCCGGUUGUUUUCAUUAGGCGGGGAGAAACAUUGUCUUGUAUUUUUCAGCUCCUUGAAUCCUGAGACGAGAUGGAGGCUCCUCCCGUUACUGUUAUGCCCAUCACCAGUGGCACAAUCAACAUGAUGGAGUAUCUACUACAAGGCAGCGUGUUAGACGCGGCUCUGGAAAGCCUGCUGCAUCGUCUGCGUGGUCUGUGUGACAACAUGGAGCCGGAGACGUUUACAGACCACGAACUGGUGUACCUUUUGAAAGGCCAGCAGGGGAACCCUUUCAUUCUGCGCGCUCGCCGCUCUCUCUCCCACCCCACGGCUCCGUGGCACCUCCGCUAUCUGGGCCAACCUGAAGUAGGAGACAAGAGCCGCCACGCCCUGGUGCGUAACUGCGUCGACGUGGCCGCCUCUCACAGCCUUCCGGAUUUCCUCAAUGAGAUGGGCUUCCGCAUGGACCACGAGUUUGUGACCAGCGGACACAUAUUCCGAAAGGGAGCUAUGAAGGUUGUGGUGUGCAACGUUUCCCGUGUGUUGGUGCCCGGGAACACAGAGAACACCGAGCGAAUGUCGCUUUCACAUUUGGUUGAGCUGAGUGUUUUGGCGCCGGCCGGCCAGGACACCGUAUCGGAGGACAUGCGGAGCUUUGCUGAGCAGCUGAGGCCUCUGAUACAUUUGGAGAAGAUCGACCCGAGCAAGCAGAGACAUUAAGAAGGUUUCAAAAUGGGGUUCUGGUGAACGAUAAGAAGCAGCUCCCGUCUUUGCUUUAAGUUAAUACCUUCAUUGGUGUCUUUAUUUAGGUCAAAGAGAGGCCACAAACAAAGGUGAUUACUAUCUAACAGGUUUGUUUUAAAGCAGUAUUUAGUAAGAACAUCUGUCUUCCUAAAAUCAUAUUUUUUUAGAAUAAUUGUCAUAAAAUAGUGUUUUCACAAACAGCUGUGAACAUUUUUAGAUUAGAAUGGUAGAAAUCAUCUGACUAGGCAUUAACAUCAGUCUUCUGGAUUAGCUAAUCUGAAUUUAUAAAAUGAAGACACCAAGAGAGCUAGCUGCUGUUUGUAAGAAAACUGCUGCUAAGCUUUUAACAGAACCUCACAUUAAAAACUUUGACGUAUUAGUUAUGUCGAUCUAGUCUGUUCUGAAAGCAAAAUGUCUUGUUUAUUUUGUACUUAAAAUAUUUUUUGCUACAGUUAAUAAAAUACAGUACAAUUUUGACUAUGCAG